AUGUACCUUCUGCAUUUACUUUUGACAAGCCUUUGCGCAGUGCAAACGAACGCAAUCGUUGGUGGGCUAGAAGCUGAAGAUGGCGAUUAUCCGUUCGUGGUUACGCAUCAGGCGUACGAUCAAGUCAAACAGAAAUGGCUAACCGGAUGUGUUGGAUCGAUAAUCGAUCGUAAUUGGAUCUUAGUGGCGGGUAGUUGUCUUUUCUCGGGGACGCAUAGAAUGGCUACAAAUCGACAUCGUCUAAUUGCUGGCAGUACCAUCGUAACUUCGAAGGGGUCCGAUGCCCAGAAUGCUCAAAUCCUUGAGGCUUCGGAAAUCUUUCUGCAUCCAGAAUACAAAGGAUAUGGCGCAUCCCAGCGAUCAGCUGAGCAAUUUUGUGGAAAA